UCAUGCUUGCUCCUUGUCUUGUCUAAUCAAAGCAAGCAAAGCGUUCAGCAACUCUUCCUUCAGCAAUAUUGCCGAAUGUGCGUGCGUCGCUUGUUCAUUGAAAUAAAUUCAUUAUUAGUUCAUUAGCUGGUGUUUAGUGUAAUUUAAAUCAAACUCAUUUUUACUAGCUAAUAUCUAUUUAUAUAAAGAGUGUUUUGAAAUAUAGUACCUAAGUUUUACAUUUUUUCGAUUAGGUUAUAUAAAAAUAAAUAUUCAACAUGGUACAGGCUACAGAUGAAAUGGAACAAACUGACCUUCCACAAGCUGUGAAUUUACUUCACGAGAUGAAUUCCAACAUACAACAGGUAUCACAGCUUGUUGACAAUAUGAUAAUUAGAGUUAAAAGUGGUGAACUAUCUACUGAUAGUGGUCUUAGUUUUUUGGAAAUGAAAUAUCAAAUGUUGUUGAGUUAUUUAAUAAAUCUAACAUAUAUAGUCUUGCGAAAAUGUUCUGGUGAAAAAAUUGUAUCUGACCCAUCCAUUGACAGACUUAUAGAAAUUAGAACUGUUCUUGAGAAGAUAAGACCCAUUGAUUCUAAAUUAAAGUAUCAAAUUGAUAAACUUGUUAAGACUGCUGUAAUUGGAGCAACAUCUGAAGAAGAUCCACAAUCAUAUCAUGCUAAUCCAGACAACCUGGUGAGUAAAAUUGUUGAACAUGAAGACUCCAGUGAUUCAAAUGAUGAUGAAGACAAGAAAGACAAGGCUAACACUAAUAUAUAUGUCCCUCCAAAACUGGCUGCUGUUCAUUAUCAUGAAAAUAAUUCCAAGGUGGAUGGAAAUAGUAAGGAACAAUCAAAGAAACAAUUCUUGAAUUCAAGUGUGAUGCGAGAACUUAGAGAAGAAUAUUCAGAGGCUCCUUUGGAAGUUAGCGCAGGUAAUCAUGUUAAACAUUCAAUUUCAAAAUAUGAACAGGAAAAGACUGAAUAUGAAGAAAAUUAUCUGACUCGUUUACCAGUUACAAAAGCAGAGAAGAACAGAAGAAAAAAGUUGACAACAAUUGGUAUGGUGGCUGAUGAAAUAACAGGACGCAGAUCUGAAAAAGGUGGUUCUCGUAAACAUAAAAUGAAAUCCAAGAAAGGAAAAGGUUUUAAAAGAAGGCGUAUGCAUUAAAAACAUUUUUGUCAACAUUUUAUCAUAUCUGUUCGUCCGAAUCAAAAGGUACCGUAUGGCGGCUAGCACUUAGGUCUUAUUCGUCUUUAGGUCCAAUACAAAACAACGGCAAUAAAGACCUGCUAGCCACCAUAAGGUUCCAUUUGAUUUGGACAACCACAUAUAAUAAAAGAUUUGCAAUGUUCAAUAUAAAUAAUUCAUUAAAAAUCAUACUUUAGUGACAUUUCAAUUAAAAUUGGACUGAUGUGGUUAAUAAUAAGUAUUUGCUGAUUGUGGAUCAUUUGUUUACUGUGCCAAGAGUAGCACAAAUCAAGAAUGGCCACACUAUCAAGUAUAUUUACAUAUAUCUUCAAUUUUUAUAUUGUAUUUCAAAAUUGAUCAUUGAAACCUUUACAAGUUUACUUCUAAAUUGAUAAUAUUUUUGUCUUAUAUGGAUAAACUAAGAUAAUCUUGUGCACCUGCAUAUAAUAUUGUAGAUGCCAGAAGUGUCAUGAAAUUCAGGAUUUACUGGAAAUCCUGAAUUUUUAUAUGUUGAGUGAAACAUCUUGUAUCUUUAAUUCCUAUUUCAGUUUGAUUCAAGAUGUUGACUGGCCUCUUAGCAUUGUACAUGUCUAAGCCACUUUGUAUUUGGCUCAUAAGUGUAGUCGUAUCUUAAUACACAUGUAAUAUGAGGACACAUUAACCAUGUAGUUGUUGAAAUAGAUGAUGGCAUUGCACACGACGCACACCGCGUCGUGUCGUGUAUCUCAAGUUUUGCUCAUUGUUCUUACGACACGACCAACAUCAAGAGCCGUGUGUAGACAGCUCAAAGCUUACAAGAGUGCAUGUUACGUGACAAUCGGUUGUUCCUAGCCUAGAGCUUAAAAGUGCUUAGAUUUUUCAAUACAUAAUCUCAUAUAUGUUGACAAUGCCUUAAUUAGUUGGUAAAAAUAUACUACUUUUAUUAAGGUAUUUAAAAUAAUAUUGUAAUUUUCAUAUGGACAAUGUUAAAUUUGUAUUUUCUCUAAAGGCUAGGGGCUUUAAGUCAUUUCUGUUUGAAUUUGAUCUUGGUAUCGAUCAUGGAUCUCUUUUGACAAAUUCUGAUUAAAGCUUCUUUAGCUUAUCAACUUUAUCAACAUUACUUAUGGAUAUGAAGUGGUCCUAUUUCAGGGCGGAAACCACACGCCUUAUUUGGUUAUCACAUGUUGGUGAUCACCAAUAUAACAAUUACCUAGCAUAUGCAUAAAUGUUAAUUUCUUUUUCAUACAAUAAAUAAAAAGUACUCGCAUGUUUUUUAUUGGCGUUUAUUUCUGAUUUGUUUUAUUAUAUCUAAGACAAUAUAAAUGAACGAAAAUUUGAAGACCAUAUGAAAAAGUUUCAAUACGUUUUUUAUUUGUUAUUAUAUUUUGUUUCGUAUAAGUAAGUUUAAUUACUUUGUUUCUGUUUGAUAAAUUGUGUUGAAAUUUCUAUCAACAAUUUUCUUUAAUUAAGUAAAUAAAGGUUUGAAUUAA